AUGCAGGACGCCGUAAUGGCCUGCUUCUCUGGGUGUGUACCAGAACGGGAGGCGGCCAGUUUGUACGAUAGCCCAGAGGAAGCUAAGCAAGCGCGACAGCGGGACAAGGAGCUGACCAAGGUGCUCAACAAAGAACACAAGGAGGAUAUGAGGAGGAUCAAACUACUCCUUCUGGGAACUGGAGAGUCCGGAAAAAGUACAAUCACCAAACAGUUGAAGAUCAUUCACGUCAAUGGGUACUGUUUGAAAGAACGUCUGGAAAAGAUUUCAGAUAUAGUCAGAAAUGUGAGGGAAUCCAUGUUGGCGAUUCUGGUGGCCAUGCAGCAGCUCUCCAUCAAUCUACAGAAGGAGAGCAACAAAGCCAGUGCGGAGUUCUUGCUGGCAGAGGCAGCUGAGCAUAAGGUUGAGGCGUCUGAAGAGUUCUGGGAUCACUGUGAGAAGCUCUGGGCUGACCAGGGUGUCCAGGCCUGUUUUAUGAGAUCCCACGAGUACCAACUGUUCGACUGCGCCAAAUAUUUUCUGGAUAAAAUCAGCCAGUUGAGAGAUCCGAGCUAUGCCCCUCCAGACCAGGACAUCCUCCGCUGUAGGGCCAUCACUACAUCCAUACAGCACAUCGAGUUUGAUGUUCCCGACGCUGGCCAGCAGGUUAGAUUCAGCCUGUACGAUGUCGGUGGCCAGAGAGGGGAGAGGAAGAAGUGGAUCCAGGUGUUUGACAGUGUGGUGGCAAUCCUGUACCUGGGCGAUACAUCCAGCUUUGACCAAACUCUUCGAGAAGACCCCCGCAGAAAUCGACUUAUCGAGUCCCUGGAGAUCUUUCAGCAAGUGUGGAACAACAGGUUUUUAAGACCAGUGUCCAUCUUGUUGUUUCUGAACAAGAUCGAUAUUCUGGCAGACAAGAUCGCCAGGGGCAGAUCAAUCACGGACUUUCUGGCCCAGUAUCCGAACAGAUUCCCAGAGUACAGUACCUUUAGUCCCACAGCAAAUGAAAAAUCUGAAUUUUUGGAAGCAUUUCCUUGUGGACACAAUGCAGCAUCAAAGAAACGGGGACGGUUAAGUUCAAGGCCAGAUAUCAAUCCAGAGGUCACCAAAACUGCCGUUUACAUCAAACAUUUAUAUAUGAAAAUCGUCACGGGAGAGCUGUCCGUGGGCUCUGGUGUCCAGGGCCAUGAUCGCACCUGGCAUCAGAAUCACUCAUGCGAGUAUUUCUAUACCUGCGCUGUGGACACUAACAACGUCAAGAUUGUCCUAGAGGGCUGUCGGACAUUGAUCAUUCGUAAACACCUGGAGCGUUUUGGGAUUAUCUGA